AUGGCGGGGGUCCCCGUGGGUGCUGAGGCGGCCGGCGCUGCGCUGGGCCCCGGCGACGAGGAGGCGCCGGCCCCGGAGCAGGCCCCGUCCGGAGCGGGAGACGCCGCCGCCGCCGCCGUGCUCAAGGCCGCCGCCAAACGCGUCACCUUUCCUUCGGACGAGGACAUCGUGUCCGGAGCCGUGGAGCCCAAGGAUCCCUGGAGACACGCCCAGAAUGUGACCGUGGAGGAGAUCAUUGGUGCCUACCAACAGGCCUGCCAGAAACUGAACUGCAAGCAGAUCCCCAAGCUCAUCAAGCAGAUCCAGGAGUUUACUGACUUGGCACACCGAAUCGACUGCCUUGAUCUGAAAGGAGAGAAGCUUGACUACAAGGCCUGCGAAGCCCUGGAGGAAAUCUUCAAGCGACUGCAGUUCAAGGUGGUAGACUUGGAGCAGACAAGCCUGGAUGAGGAUGGGGCUUCUGCAUUGUUUGACAUGAUAGAAUACUAUGAAUCUGCCACCCAUCUCAACAUCUCCUUCAAUAAGCACAUUGGUACGAGAGGUUGGCAGGCUGCUGCCCACAUGAUGCGGAAGACGAACUGCCUGCAGUACCUGGAUGCCCACAACACUCCCCUGCUGGAUCACUCGGCCCCCUUUGUGGCACGGGCCCUGCGGAUAAGCAGCAGUCUCACGGUGCUGCACUUGGAGAAUGCCAGCCUGUCAGGGCGCCCGCUUGUACUUCUGGCCACAGCCCUCAAGAUGAACAUGAAUCUCCGGGAGCUCUACCUGGCAGACAACAAACUCAAUGGGCUACAGGACUCAGCCCAGCUUGGGAACCUUCUCAAAUUCAACUGCUCCAUCCAGAUUCUGGACCUUCGAAACAACCAUGUUCUAGACUCAGGUCUGGCCUACAUCUGUGAGGGUCUGAAGGAGCAGAGGAAGGGGUUGGCAACCCUUGUUCUUUGGAACAAUCAGCUGACACACACAGGCAUGGCUUUCCUGGGAAUGACACUGCCCCAUACUCAGAGCCUGGAGACACUGAAUCUGGGCCACAACCCUAUUGGAAACGAAGGUGUCCGGAACCUCAAAAAUGGACUGAUUGGGAACCGCAGUGUGCUGCGUCUAGGACUAGCAUCCACCAAACUCACAUGCGAGGGAGCUGUGGCAGUAGCAGAAUUCAUCGCCGAGAGCCCUCGCCUGCUUCGGCUGGACCUUCGGGAGAAUGAGAUCAAAACUGGAGGCCUGAUGGCCCUGUCCUUGGCCCUCAAAGUCAAUCAGUCGCUGCUGCGCCUCGACUUAGACCGGGAGCCCAAGAAGGAGGCAGUAAAGAGCUUCAUUGAAACCCAGAAAGCCCUCCUGGCAGAGAUCCAGAACGGGUGCAAGCGCAACUUUGUCCUGGCCCGAGAAGAGGAGGAAAAGGAACAGCAACUACAGCUCUCGGCCUCCAUGCCUGAGAUCACGGUCACUGAGGCAGCCCCGGAGGAGGCCACGUUGCUGGGAGAGCUGGCAGACGAGGCCCAGGAGAACGGGGAGGUGGGAGGGGCCAGGCCAAAGGCCCCAGGGCCGGCCGAGGACUCGGAUUCUGACACCGAGGACGAGGACGAGGAUGAGGACGACGGGAGCCAAGAGGUUCAGACAGUGUGUGGCCCCGAGGCUCAGCUUUCCUCUGUUCCUGGGAACUCACUGAGCUCCGGGGAUAGGACCCCCCCGGGUAGUCCAGCCUCCUCAGCCCCAGAGGCUGCACCCGAGAGCCCCAGCGGGCCUAGGCCGGAGGUGCCGGGUGCCGAAAAGCGCAUCUCGGUGUCCAGCCCUGGCCGUGGACACAAAGUGUUCGUGGUGACUCGGGUGGAAAGCCCCCCAGAAAAGGUGGGCGAGCCCCCGGCCAACAGGUCAGGGGUCAGCCCUGGCCCUCCAGACCCACCACUGCCCAAUGGGCUGAAGCCAGAGUUUGCUCGUGUACUUCCUGAUUCCCCCACUGGACACGGAGGACCAGAGGGCAAGGGUGGAGGCUGUGGCCUGGAGCAUGAACUCAGCUGCCCCAAGAAUGAGAAGGCGCUCGAAGAGCUACUUCUGGAAGCCAGUCAGGAUUCGGGGCAUGAGACACUGUGACGCUUGAGAUCUCUCUCUGGUCAGGCUUCAAUGAUCUGAGACCCCGCCUGGGCCCCGGAUCCAGACCGCACUCCAUGCCAGCUCUCCAGGAUGGGGCCGUCCCGGGCCAGUGUGGCCCACGGGGCCGGGGGAAAGCAGGCGCCUGAGGAAACGCUCCGAGGGACCCUGGGGAAGCGGAUCGGCCCCCUUCCUUCCCUGGUCCCCCAGAUCCCCAUCUAAGCACCUCUAUUUAUUUCCCCCUCCCCUCUCUGAGGAAGGCCCAGAGGCCAGGCAGACAGGCCCAGGGGUUGGCAGGAGGCGGGUUCUCUCAGGGAGGCAUGGGAGGGAGGUGAGCCCGGGGCGGUGGUGGUGAGCGGCACUGAUCUGGGAUGUGGCUGACAGCAGUAGAGCGGAGCCGGGCUGCAGAACAGAGCCCUGCCGGGAGGUGGGGAGAACCCGAGGGCUUGGGGGCGACCGAGAGGCUGAAGGUCAGAGCUCUCUACCCAAGUGCAAUACAUUUAUCAGGGAGCAAAGGGGUGUCCGGGUGGGCCCCCCCCCCAGGUCAGACGGGCACCCUCGCAGAGGCAGGGAGCCCGCUCCUGGGCACUUUGCCUGGAGCUAGGCCUCUGAGGAAGAGGGAAUGGGGUGAAGGGCAGGGAGCAGGCCCCGGUGGGGCCCUCCUCUCUCCCUGUGGCACACAUCUCUGGUCAGACUUUUUCUAUUAAAUGCCUCCGUCGCCAGCA